AUGAAUCAUCAAGCCAGCCUCCCUAUUAGCGAUCCUCCACGAUCAGAACCCUUUAUGGCUGCGCUCGGGAUGAAUGAUGAAUCAAGCAUUCCUGUUAGCGACCCUCUACGUUCAGAGGGCACAAGCGAAGAACCUUCUACAAAGGCAUUGCACACAUAUAUACUUUCUUUCAUCGUUAUGCUAGGCGUACUCCUCUCGCUAAAGCAGAGAGCUGGAAUGACAUCUCUAUUUGACACAAACCAUCCGAUUUUUGUGAUGCUUAUUGUUGCUUUAACCAUUUACUUCGGGGCACUAAUUGGCGCUACAUAUAUACUAAAAGCUCACCCUAACUCAAACUUUGGAAAAUUCGUGAGCACGCUUAGCCUCAGUUUUGGAGCUCUUACCUUCAUUUUGGAAUUGAUGAUCCUUGUCCCAUAUUUAGGGUCAGCUGCCCUCCUCGUUUGGAUUGUGAGCUUUGUAGCUGUUUACUUGUACCCAUACGUCAAAACAUUAUUUACAAGUGCAGUUGGAGGAAUUGUUCACACCUGUGAAAAAUUGAUAGAGUAUCUGAAGAACAUGAUCAUUGCCCGCUGCUUCACAAUGAAACCCGACGAGGAGCAAUCUGGGUUACCAUAA